AACAACGCCGGAAUGGCAGUAUGGUAGCAGGGAAGUUCUUGUUCGUUCGGUGAUGGCGUCAGACGGCUUAGUGGGUGAUUGACAGAAAGCAACGUGAAUUUUUUUCGAAACUGUUCACUGGACUUGCAGUACAACAAAAACCAAAACAUCAGAUUACACCUCAAACAUGAGCUUGUGUUCGUGUUUCGCUCUUGUAACCAUGUGCGUGUUUUUAGGCUUAAUUGCCAAGGUUCAUGGAUUAUCUGGUCAAGAUAGCUUCUUCACUGUUCAACCUGAAGACCAGACUGCGGUUAAUGGUGAGCCCGUAACACUCAAUUGUAAUGUCUCAACUGACCAGAACUUAGUUAUCCACUGGACUCUGAAUGAUAGUCCUGUUGAGAACAGUACUAGAAGAUUUCAGGAAUCCACUAACUUACACAUUACUCGAGUGGACAGAGUCCAGGACCUGGGAGACUUCCGGUGUGUUGCUACUGACAUAGUUCAUGACACUUCCGUUAGAAGUCGACCAGCUCAGAUUAACGUUCAGUGGAUUGGAGAUGAGGCUAAAGUGCAGCUUCACUCACCCAAGAGUUCGGAGGACCUCACUAGCGGAGGAGACAUGGUUCUGCGCUGCAAGGUAGAAGGGAACCCAGAAAUCACGUAUGAAUGGUUUCACAACGGUAACAGACUUUUCCGAAACGACCGUGUGUUUUUUCGCAACAAACGUCUUCACAUAAAUAAUCUGAAUGUAGCGGAUAACGGAAUAUAUACCUGUCGAGGUGUCAACGAUGCCGGUACAGUGGACAGCACGGAAAACUUUCCCGUUAUUCUUCAAAGUAAAAAGGCAGCAAAUAUUAUCAAAUUACCCCAUGAUGUGACUGUAAGGAAUGGAGAUCCUGCCUUGUUUGACUGUGUUUAUCAGAACGUUGCUGCUUUAGAGUGGUACGCUCCCAAAGAAGAUGUUCCCUUAAACAACGGUUCCAGGUACACAGUCUUUUUGAAUGGCUCUCUUCUUAUAACUCAUACUCAGCAAGCAGAUGAAGGUAUUUACCGAUGUGUUGGCAUUAGUUCCAGCAAGGACAUACCCCAGCAGACAUACAUUGCUCAUUUAAGACUUGCAUAUCUUGAAGAACUUUCAGAAUACUCUUUUGAACCUCCACUUGGUGACAGUGAAAUAUUAUUCUUUCCUUUGCAUGGUCGUUUUGAGAUAACAUGUCUGGCUCCAGCAGGAUUUCCAGCCCCCCGAGUUUGGUGGGAAGAUCCUAAAGGCCAUGUUAUAAGUGACACUGGUCGAAUUCGAGUGGACAAUGGUUGUUUAAUUAUUAGCAAUGUUAAACAAACUGAUUCUGGUAGUUUCACCUGUGUUGCUGUGAACUUAAUGGGAGAACAGAGAAAAAAAAUAGACCUAUAUGUUACUAUUCCACCAGUUAUUGUAGCUGGCCCUGUUGAUGUUGAAGUAGAUGAAGAGAAAUCAGCAACAAUGUCAUGCAAGUACGAAGGCAUUCCAUUUCCCAUUACCACUGUAAAGUGGUUGAAAAAUGACCACCCUAUUAAUCCUUCUGACCCCCACAUUACUGUUCAUGAAAAUAAUGGAACCUUGAUCAUUCAGGAUGUACAAAUAUCUGAUGCAGGAACAUAUAGAUGUGUGAUUUACACGUCAGGGUUUUCACCAGUUUAUUCUGAAAAUAGUACAUUAAUUGUUAAAGAAACCUUAAAAUUUGUCCCUCCUCCUGUAAACAAGAAACUAGAGUUGGGAUCUAAUGGAAAGAUUUACUGCAAGGCUCGUGGGGCUGAAACACCUGUGGUUCACUGGGUAAAGGACACUGUACUACCUACCCAGUGGCCUUCUCACAUCAGUGAUGAAAAUGGUGUACUGCACUUCAAUGUUGUUCAACAUGAAGAUGCUGGAACAUACACAUGUAUUGCUUCCAGCUCUCAGGGAACUAUUAAUGCUACAAUAAAUGUUGAAGUUGUUGUGAUGCCUAAGUUCACAGUGACACCAGCAGACACAGAAGCUUAUGAAGGGUACCCAGUGAUGCUUCAUUGUGAAGCUAAAGGAGAUCCACCUCCAGGUAUACAAUGGGAUAAAGACAAUGUACUCAAGGGUUUUGACAAGAAACGAUUCCAAGUCCUAACUAAUGGAACUUUGUAUAUCAAAGAAGCACACAUGGCUGACAAAGGAAAGUAUGGGUGCACAGCAGGAAACAGUGGGGGAUUUCGUCGUGCUGAAGUGCUCCUGAAUAUUCAAAGUACAGAGAACUAUAGUCCAAACCAAGUAAGUGAACAGGAUGAAAAUGAGGCUAAUACCAUGAACAAGACAGUUACAAUAACACUUUGUGCAGCAGUUAUCUACAUUGUUCUUGUUAUUGGACUCAUGAUUUGGUGUCGCAUUAGACGAGCUCGUCGUAAAGCCAAGCUGUUAGCUGAAGCAGGCGAGGAAGUAGCCAAGCUUGAUGAUGAUAAUCCACAAGGUAACAUUGAAAUGAAAGACAAGGUCAAUCAUGCUGGUCAGGAACAAGUAAAUGGUGUUAGUAGUAAAGAUGGGGACAUCAACACCCCUGGCCCUUUCUCACAACCUGCCAAAGGCAACAGGUCCUCCUAUGAUAACAUCAAGUUUUCUAGAGACAACCUUCAGACAAUGAUGCUACUAGGACAUGGAAAAUAUGGGGAAGUGUUUCUAGCCAAAGCCCGUUCUAUUGAUGACCUUAAAACAGAAACUGUUGUUAUGGUGAAAGCACUGCAAACAAAAGAUGAAGACGCUCACUCAGAGUACAUGAAAGAAACUGAAAUGUUUCAUAAGCUUGGUCAUAAGAAUUGGACAAAACUGUUAGGUGUAUGCUUGGAUACUGAACCUUUUCUGAUGGUCAUAGAAUACAGUGACUGGGGUGAUUUAAAGCAGUUUUUGUUGGCUACAAAGAAGGAAAAUUCUCGUAAAGGUCCUAAGCCACCACCACUAUCCACACCUCAGAUUAUUGGUAUUUGCCACCAGGUAGCAGAAGGAAUGGAGUAUUUAUCUUCUCAACAGUUUGUGCACAAGGACUUAGCAACCAGAAACUGUCUAAUCACUUCUCGAUUAGAUGUAAAGAUCAGUAACCCUAGCUUGUUUGAAGACACCUAUGCCCAGGAAUACAGUCGUUAUCACAAUAAAGUUGUACCCCUUCGAUGGGCUGCUCCAGAAGCUGUGCUUUUAGACAACUGGUCGACAGAGAGUGAUGUAUGGUCAUUUGCAGUGCUUGUUUGGGAGGUAUUUACACAAGCAGAUCUUCCUUUCAUUGACAAAGAAGAUGAAGCAAUACUGUUGCUGUUGCAAGACCAACAAUUGAUUUGGAACCAGCCAGAAGCUUCUCCUGAAUUGCUGACAGAGCUACUUCAAGAUUGCUGGAACUAUGAUCCAGGUGCUCGUCCCUCAUUUAGUGAAAUAACAACAAAAAUUGGAGAAAUAAAUGUUGUGAGCAAUGUCUAAAAUGUUAACAACACAUCAGAACCAUGAAUUGACCAAGGUGAAAGCACCUUCCAACUAUACCAGUAUUCCUGUAUUAUCAAAUGCUAAGUAAGGUAGCUUUGUAUCACCAGUGGAUAAUAUCACUUCAUAUUCUCUUGUGAUGUAAUCACAUUUGUAGUUUUUAUUUAUACAUUUAGUGCUUUUUAGAGAAACUGGUUUUCCUACUGUGAAUAUAAUAAAAUCAGACAUAAGACAUUUCAUGUCAUAAUUUGAAGGUUUGUUGAUUUUUUAAUAAUUUAAGUUUUUAGGUGAACACUUUACAUUUUUUAUUGUUGGUUUUUGUACUUGAUCUUUGAAUUUUUAAAGAAGGUCCACAUUUUAUAAGAACUGGUAUUUGAAUGUGAUCACUGGGAAGUUUCUUAUUUAUUAAAUAAUACUGAUUAGAAAAAGAAAAGUUCACUGCCACCUGAAUAUGCUUUUCUUUAAAACAUGAUAUUAGUGUAUAAAUGUUUGCUAGUUAUAUACAGAACAUACCUACAUUACACAUUAAUAUACCAACUAAUAAUCAGUAAAAACUAAAUUCAUGUUAGCUGCUAGUCAGUGUGUACUUAUAUGUAAAAUUAGGGUAGCUUUGAUGCUUUUUUGUAUCAAAUCCUUAAUAUUGUUUUAGUUUUGAAAGUACUUUAAUAACUUUCAAUUAUUACAUCUUUAUUGUUUCAUACAAUUGGUCCACAUGCACAAAAAUGUAGCAUUAUGAUUUCAACUGAAAUUGUUCAGAAGUUAAAAAUUAAUAUAUGUUUUACUAACAAACUGAAAAAAAGGAACAUAGGCACAAAAAAUUAAGGUUGGUUAGCGAAAAAAGGUAAAACAACAUAUUCUUCAUUAGAAUUUGGGUCAUUUUCUUACGAGUUUCAUGAAAUGUCACUUUUCAUUUCCUGUAACUCGAAAAAUAUAUAAUUAACUUUGACCUACUAAAAAUUUAAAAUAUUAUUCCAUGAAAAUACUAGUUACUUUUUGAAAUUGCUUAUUGUGACACCUGAAACAUGUAUAUUAUGGUAUUUUUGUUAAUAAUAGCUAGUGAUUUCCUGCCUUAAUACACCUGCAAAAAAAAUAAAAAAAUGUUACAAUCGUUUUCAUUUUUAAAUACUUUUCUACAUUUGUUUUCUCAUGGAAAUUGAUUUUAGUUUUUUGCAACACUAAACAUAGCCUAACAGAUUUCAUAAGGUAUUCUCUUGUCACAGAUGCUUUAAUACUCAGGACAUCAUUCAAAAUGCAUUUAAAACUUUUAACUAAAGUAAUGUCUUUCUAGUUUUAUAUGUUAGUGUUAGGUAAUUAUAAUGUUUUUUUAUACUGUGUUUUGGGACUGUGUACAUAAUUACAUCAAAGGUUUUAUAUAUAUAGAUAUAUGUAUAUUUCACAUAAAAUUUUAAGUUUGUACUCACCAUACACAAUUUUCAUAUUAAUAAGUGCUUUUACUGUGUAAAGUGAAUGCUUUGAUUAGUGUUUUUAUUUUGUAAAAUGUGUGUUAUAGAUAUAUUUCAUUUUAUAUUUACACAUUUUAGAAAGAAGUAGUAAAAUAAAAUAAUAGGAGUAGGAUACAAACAGUGAUGGACCAAGUUCAAUAUGAUGUUUAUAAUUUCAAAAAUUGUAGUUAGAAUUUAUAGUAGUUUGUGAUUUUACAAAAACAAACACAAUGAUAGCUUUACUGCACGUUUUUAGUAUUUAGCCUUAUUGGUGUAUGUGAAAAAGAGACAAUGGGACCCAGGACCUCUGUCUGGUUAACAAGGCCAAUAUUAAUUACUGUAUCAGUUUUGAAUUUUAAAUUGAUUGUAAAAUUCCUUCUUUUUUUUUUAUUAAGUAAUACUGUGUAUUUUUUAU